AUGAAAUCCAUAAUUUUCGCCCUUUUUAUUGGAAUAUUUGCACAUGAUCGUACAACAGCUACACCUGUUCAAGCUCCCGAAACAAGUGCCUUAUCAGGCCGUAUUGGGGGUGAAGAUGCACCUAAAAACUGCCCUCAUAUGGCAGCUUUAGUGGUUGGCGAAGUUGUAACUCACCUCGUAUGUGGAGGAUCCAUUGUGAGCUUAAGACACAUCCUUACUGCCGCCCAUUGUAUCGAUCCUUUUGUGUCUUGGCAAGGAGAAUUGUCAGACACUUUUCGCGGAGCUGUUGGCACAAACCAAUGGGAAACACCGAGAUACUAUCUAGACUUUUCGCACUUCAUCAAUCAUCCUCAAUGGGACUCAAGAUUAAUUAAAAAUGACGUAGGAGUACUAUUUCUUGUUGAAGAGUUAAAGCUCAGUGACAACGUUGCAGUGAUAUCUCUUAACUUCGAUUGGGUGGAUGGAAAAGAAAACAGUUAUGUCACGGGCUGGGGAAGAAUUUGGGCCUGGGGACCAAUACCUGAUGAGCUACAACUUUUGUACGUGGAUACAAUUUCUGGACAGGACUGCAUAGACAAAAUUGAUGAAGCAUCACUCCAAUGGGGCUGGGCUCCUCCAAUUGAUCCGAAUGUGGAAAUCUGCACUUUGCAUUCUCCUGGAUACGGCAUGUGUAAUGGUGACUCUGGAAGUGCUCUGGUAUCCGUUGAGACUGGUAAACAAUCUGGAAUAGUGUCGUGGGGCUUCGCAUGCGCCUUAGGAGCACCAGACGUUUUCACCCGUAUCAGUGGCGUAAAGGAUUUCCUAGAACCCAUUCUCGGCGAGUAA